AUGUCACCAGGAGUACUUCGCAACGAUGCCAACGGAGCUCACACCGACAGCGAUGAUGUUGUCGUUGUUGGAGCAGGACCCGCCGGUCUGAUGCUCGCGUGCAACUUGGUCCGAUUCGGCAUUAAAACGACAGUAAUCGACGACAGGCCGGAUAAGACUUCAACUGGAAGAGCAGAUGGUCUGCAACCGAAAACCAUCGAGACUCUGAAGCAGAUGCGUCUGGCUGACGACCUACUAAAAUAUUCAGUGAAAUUCUACGAUAUCUGCUUUUGGAGCUCAACCCCCGAUGUGCCAUUGAGAAGGACCGGAAGAGAUUUGGCGUACCCGCCAGAAAUAGUCGAUCUGCUUGAUCCAUUUAUGAUCCUGAAUCACCAGGGUAGUGUCGAAGAAGUAUUCUUAAAAGACCUGGAAGCCCGGGGAGUCGAAGUGCUGCGAAGUUCUGCAUUCGUUUCAGCCCAAGAAACUGCCGGUCAGGAUCGGGCUCUCACAAUCUCCUACCUCAAUCGGAUAAAUGGUCGCACAGAAGAGCUGCGAGCAGACUAUCUGGUCGGAUGCGAUGGAGCUCACUCGCAAGUCAGAAAGAGCAUACCAGGCGCAGUCGCAGAAGGGGCUUCGUCCGAUGCACUCUGGGGAGUCCUAGAUGGCGAGGUCGAUUCCAAUUUCCCGGAUUUAUGGAGCAAGACAAUCGUGCAAAGCCACAAGUAUGGCUCGAUCCUCUUCAUUCCUCGUGAACGCAACAUGACCAGAUUGUACAUUGAGCUGAAAUCGGAGGACGGAAAAGGUAUCUCGAAAGCGGAAGCAACCCAAGAGUACGUGUUGGAGGCCGCGAGGAGGAUUCUGCAUCCGUACAAACUUGACUUCACAAUGGUCGAGUGGUUCGGUGCCUAUCAGAUUGGUCAGCGAGUAACGAGUCGAUUCAGUGACGAUAAUCAGCGCAUCUUCCUCGCCGGCGAUGCGAGUCACACGCAUUCCCCAAAGGCGGCUCAAGGAAUGAACACCUCUAUGCACGACUCCCUCAAUCUGGCCUGGAAGCUCAACCUGGCGAUUCGUGGCCUCGCAAAGCCUGACCUCCUCGCCACAUAUCAGCAAGAACGUCGUCAAAUCGCCCAAGAUCUGAUCGAUUUCGACCAUGAGCACGCCAAUGCGUUCCAUGACGGCGACCCCGAAGCCUUGGCUCAGAACUUUGCCAAAAACGUUCGCUUCAUCUCUGGCGUCGGCGUCGAAUACAGUGCGAACAUUAUCAACCAGGACAGCGGGAAGCAGAGCCACAUCCAACCAGGAUGUCUCUUGCCACCAGCCAAAGUAACCAGGUACAUCGACGCAAACCCCCUAGACAUCCAGCUCGACAUCCCGAUGCUCGGACAAUUCAAGAUCUACUUCCUCUGCCCAGAUCUUGCGAAGUCCAUGACUUUCCUGCGAGCCGCUUGUGAUGGCAUCUCAAACUCAUUACUUCCAGCAACCUCUCAACAAGCAGCCCAGUCUUUUGCAAAGAAACCUCGUGCAACGAGCGAGAUGGACGAAUACCACAGACCAGAGAGAUAUACGGCCGUCAGUCAGCUGUUCACUGUGGCACUAGUGACAGCGACGGCAAAAGCAGAUUUCGAGCUCGCAGACUUGCCACCGCUUCUGGACCGGAGCAAAUGGACGGUAUAUUUGGACGACAUUCCGGAGAAGAGCACAAAUGGCAAAUCUUGCUUGGAGAAAUGGAUAGGUGGUAUGGCUAGCACCGAAGCGGCUGUGGUCAACGUUCGUCCAGAUGGGUAUGUGGGUAGCGUGCAGCGCUUUGAUGUCAGUGCUGGCGCUGAAGUUGGAUUGACUGUGUCAGCUUGGCUGAGUGAGUACUAUUCUGGUUUCCUCGUGGUAUAG